UGGGAGGUGGCUGCUGUCAGGACGCGCCGAGGGCAAUGGCGGCGCUAGGCCGCGUCGGGUCGCUGGCUCUGGGCGGCAGGUUUUUCCUGCUGCGACCAACCUCCUCCUGCCCUCUCCAGCUCCGAACAGCUUCGAUUCUCUCCACUUCCCUGCAGCUGCCUUUCAAAAGCCAACUUCCCUUGAAGCCUGCAGUUGCCUGCCCCAGGCUGGCACCUCUCUGGAACCUGCAGCAGGUCCGCAGCAAGGCUCGUGGCAACGAGUAUCAGCCCAACAACCGCAAGCGCAAACGCACCCACGGCUGGAUGAAGCGAAUCAGCACUCCCGGGGGCAUCGAGGUCAUCCUGCGGCGCAUGCUGAAGGGCAGGAAGUCUCUGACCCACUGACAGCCCUGCCCCUGGGGGGCUGCUGUGGUGUGGGAAGAAGCCCCACUUUGAGCCCUUCAGCUCUAGUGGCUUUGGAGUGACUUGGUCUGAGCGGUUGUGUCGGGAGAGGAGUCUGUGUCUGAAGGUUUGCUCCUGCUGGGAGCGUUGGGAGGCUGGAGGGUGGCCUGGGAGGGCUUCGCUUAGUGGCUGCUCUUUGUGUUGUGAAGUUGUUGUUGCUGCUUCCUUGGGGUGAUUUGAAGAGGAGCUUGCGAGAACAAAGCUGGAAUUAAAGCCCUGAGCGUCCUC